AUGGCGAGGUCCCCAGAAAAUGGUGUAAAGAAGGGGCCAUGGUCGAUUGAGGAAGACAAAAAAUUGAUUGAAUAUAUUGAAAAGCAUGGCCAGGGAAACUGGCAGACUCUUCCCAAGCAAGCAGGCUUAAAUAGGUGCGGCAAGAGUUGCAGGCUAAGAUGGACCAAUUACCUGAGGCCUGGUAUCAAGAGAGGAGGCUUCUCAGCUGAAGAGGAAGCGACCAUCACAGCCCUCCAUAAACAACUGGGAAACAAGUGGUCAAGAAUUGCAGCUCACCUUCCUAGACGAACUGACAAUGAAAUCAAGAAUUUUUGGAACACGCAUUUGAAGAAGAAGCUGCUAAGGAAGGGCAUUGACCCGACAACUCACAAGCCAAUUCCUGAUUUUAAUCUCCUUAAUCUUUCUCAGACUCAGCUCUCAUCAGUUUCGAAUCUGUACAAUGUCAUCAGUCCUUUGGAUACUGCUCUUAACUUUCAAGCAAGUGCUAAUGACUUGAUCAAGUUCCAACUCCUCCAAAACAUGAUGCAAGCUAUAAAUCCAAAUCCUCUUCCAUAUGUUCAGGGAAACACCAACUUGGCAGAUCUUAUCCAACUUAACUGGAUUUUCAAUGGGGCAAACACCGACUUCACUGUUGAUCCCUUACAAGCACAGUCCAUGACUGCAAAUUUCUGCAAUAUUUCUCCACUACUGAAUCAACAACAGACUUCCACUUCACAUUCUUUGCAAUGCUCAGAUGGUGAAAUGAUUCCAGGUCCCAUUCGUGAUGACAACGUUAAAGUCCCCAGCAACGUGUAUAAGUCAGAAUAUUCUCUUCCAUCAUUAUUUUCAGUAACCCCUGAAAGCUCCGUUGUGAACCCACUUGAAAGCUUCAUGCACACUUCCAUACCCGCAGAAGCACCUGAACAGUCCAAUGUCUUCGAUGCUUUGGAAAGUCUCGUGGAUGAUGAAGCCAGCAGUUCGUUCUGGAAAGACAUUUUGGGAUGA